UUUAGCAACCGGGAGAUCAGGUGCGGCGAGGACAGGCGGCGACCAGAAGGGGAGUGGUUGAAGUGGCCACGCUCCCGCUCCUUGUUCCCGGCGCCGCAGGGCAGCUUCUGCCGCUCGGACCCCGCAGGGACCAUCACUCGUGCGGAAGACUCGCAGUGCCGUGCUCGAGCUGAGGCUCGGGGUUGUGGUGCUACGGUGAGGAUGUCCCGCCGCAGUCCCCGUCUGGCCACCAACGGCUACUACCAGCACGAUGACGACGUCUCCAGUAGCAGCGGCAGCUCCACCACAUCCGGUGCUCCCUCUUACAAGGAGACUCCCAUCAGGUUGCACAAGAAAAGGUCAAACAGCAAGUGGCCGGGACCUGUGCCUGGUGUCAAACGUUCACCGUCCAACAGUUCAGUCAACAGUCUGAGUAGCUACAUCAGCAACGUCAGUAAUGUCUCCAAGCGCUCUCAGCGCUCUCAGCUCCUCGGCAGCAGCAGCGGGUGGCAGGAGCCCGUCGCGCCUUCCACUUCUUCCAACAUCUACUUGUCGUCGACAUCUGGCUACUCAACCGAGGAUGAGCUGCAGGGUUUGGCGUACUCUGAAUCGUUCUCCCCCCUUGCCAAGCUGUGGGGCUGGAUCUCGCUGCUGUCUCCAGAAAAAGCUCUGCCCCUGGUGUUCUGGUGGUUGAGCACAGCCUGGUACCAGUUAACAACGGCCAUCUCCUUGAUCGAUGUCCUUACUCUGUCCAGGUGUGUCCCUCACGUGAAGAAGUGGAUGCUGCUGGUGUUGCUGGCAUUAAUGGGUGUUGGCCUCUUGAUGUCAUCCACAGGUAUCUGGUCUCGUGCCGAAAAGCCGGACGCGCUGGAAAGCACUCAGGUGAGUCCCUGACCCUCCCAUCCUCGUGCACUCUCACUCUUCCUCCUGGAGCCCUCCGCCUCCACAGGUCACGGCUGCCCGUGAGCAGUCUGGGUGUCAGGGUUAUGGGGAGAAGGCAGGAGAAUGGGGUUAGGAGGGAGAGAUAGAUCAGCCAUGAUUGAAUGGCGGAGUAGAUGGGCUGAAUGGCUUAUUCCUGCUCCUAUCACUUAUGACCUUAUUACCCUGGAGCUGCCCUGGCUGCAGGAUCCCU